UGUCAGUCAGUCCUCCUGCCUCUGGUCCUGAUGGACAGAAGGAGAGAAGAGAGGUAGAAAUACGAGGUGGCGAUGUAGCAAACAACGGAAACAACUGAUUUGCCGCUCUUCGUCGUUCUGUAUCGCGCAUUUGACUUUUUUGUUUUGUUUAUCGUAAUUAUUUUUCUUUUUUCGUAUUUCACGGCGGUGUCGUCACUUUACGGUCUGGCCGCUGUAUCCUAUAGCAACGUGAACAACUGCCUUGCAAAGUUUGGAUCGACUGUUUUACCUUUAGCCGGAAAAUCAACUAAAUAUUAACUUGCUAAACUAACGGAACUGACUCCAGGGAGCAUUGCUGCACUUUGAACUGCUUUUAUCCAUAUUUAUUUAGUUUCUUUAAUUUUAAGCCUAGUGUUGAGGGAAACGGGACGGCGCGAGACAAUAGUGCGAGAAAAAGCUCGUGCCAGGGGGAAUCGAUGCCUCGCGGGGGCUUUGUUCUGCCCUGUGUGGAGACGUACCGCGAGCCCGCGGCGGAUAUCGACUGAUUAAGUGGUGGAUUACGGAUUAGCUGGUGAUUAAUAAACGGAAUCGGGAGGCGUUGAACAACCAUGGAUGUGACUCUGUCCGAGUUACUGGCCACUUUCAUGGAGUCCCCGCUGGUGGUGUGGGUGCGGAUGUUGGGCCCAUUGGGUUCAUGUGGCGAUGUGGGCUCAGAAGAACGGGUCAGCAUGUUCAUGGAGCUGGUGGAUGGCGUCUUCCUGCACAAGAUUAUGACGCAUAUUGACCCCAGCCCGACCAAUCAGAGGCUGAACAAGAAUGUGAACAAUGAUGUUUCGCUUCGCCUUCACAACCUGACAGUUCUCACCAGACACAUCAGGACGUACUACCAGGAGAACUUACAGCAGUUGAUAGUCAUGCCCCUUCCUAACAUCCUCUGUAUCGCCAAGGAUCCACUAUCAGCCAAGAGCAUGGAAGAAAUGAAAAGACUUUUGUUGCUGCUACUAGGCUGUGCCGUCCAGUGUGAGCAUAAGGAGGAGAUGAUAGAGAAAAUCAAGCUGCUGGACAUUGAGACGCAGGCUGCCAUUGUCUCCCACAUCCAGGAGGUCACUCAUAACCAGAUGAAUGUUCUUGACCUCUCCUGGCUGGACGAAGGAGCAGAGCUUGCACACGAAGAGCUGGAACCUCUGUCGCGUAACAUGGCUGCGUCGCUACAACAACUGAUUGACCAGAGAGACAAAGCCACCGAGGUGAUUGUGGAUCUGACCCAGGAGAGGGAUUACCUCUCCAGUCAGCAGCCCCAGGAAGCAUGCAGGAACCUGGACCUGAACAGCCUGGAAUGCGGGCAGAGUUCUGGAGGUGUGGGAGUGAAUAACGGAGGAUCGACUGUGACUCUGUCUGGGCUGAAUAAAGAAGAGAAACAGCAUCUCUCAGUGGAGCUCGCUGAUACCAAGGCCAAGCUCCGCAGAUAUAGACAAGAACUGGAGGAGAAGACAGAGCAUCUGAUGGAUUCAAAGCAUGAAGUGGAGCGUCUGGAUCAGGAGUUACAGAGGCUGAAACAAGAGACUUAUGUUCACUUCUACAAGACCAGAGUGGAGGAGCUUCGUGAAGACAACCUGACUCUGAUGGAAACAAAGGUGUUGUUGGAAGAGCAGCUUUUGGCCUCCAGGGGCCGCUGUGAUAAAUUGCACAUGCUGGAGAAAGACAACCUGUUACUACGAGCAAAGAUACACGACCUGGAAAUGGAGAGGGACAAUGAACGUCGGAGGCUGGAGGAGUUGGUGGAGGAGAACAUGCUGCUGGAGAUUGGACAGAAACAGAGUAUGAAUGAGUCAGCACAUCUAGGCUGGGAGCUGGAACAGCUGGCCAAGAACAAUGACAACACUAGCACAGACACUCAUAAAUCAUUGGUCCAUGAGCUAAAUGAGUGUGUUUCCAGUCGAGUGUUGAAGCUGGAGAAGGAGGCCCGGGAGCUGCAGGCCUCUAUAGAGAAACUGAAGGAGGAAAACCAUCUCCUGCAGGAACAGCAGCUCCACUCACAGGAGCUGGACAGGGAGAACCAGAGUCUCAGCAAGAAGUUGGAGCGUCUUCAGGGCUUAUUGGACCAGGAGAGACUGACCAAUCAGGACAUGGAGUCUCUGGGAGAGGAAUUAUUAAAAGAAAAACAAAAUCUGGAGAGACAAAUGCAUGCUCUGAGGGCAGAGAAGGAUCGACAGAUUUCGGAGUUGGAGAGCGAGAAGCAACACCUGUCUGAUGCGGUGGCAUCCCUUCAGGAGCGCGCUCAGUCUAACAGUGAAGCGAGGGUCCGUGAAGUGGAAGCAGAGAACCAUUUGCUACACCAGAAUAUCACUGACACAAGCUCCCGACUGGCCAGCCUGGAAACUCAACUCAAAGUAGCUAGCGAGGAGGCAAAGAGGCUGAGAGAGAGGGCGGAUCGCUGUGAGGAGGCAGAGAGAGAGGCAGCAAGGCUGGAACGGAGCAGGGACACUCUGAACAGAGAAGUGGUGUCUUUGCGUGCAUGCAGCGAGCAAUCAGAAGCUCUAGAGAAGCAGGUGUCUUCCCUGGAGCAGGAGGUGCACAGGCUGAAACGGGAGGCAGAGGAGGCCCAGCAAGAGCUGCAGCGGCUGGGGAGGUAUGAGGUGGAGAACAGCCAGCUGUCAAAGGAGAACCUGGACCUCCAUUGCUCACUGGAAAACCUCCGCUCCUCAUCUGCCUGCCUGGCCACCCUGCAGGAGGAGCAUAAGGCGGCGCAGAGAGAAACACAGGAGCUGCAGAGGAGGCUGGAAGAAGUCAGAGAGGAGGCACAAACAGAGAAGAAGAGGACAGAAAGGCUGGAAUUGAAUGUGGUGGGUCUGAACCAGGAGAAGCAUCACUUAGAAGAGGAAAUAGAGAGGAGUAAAGAGGAGAGGGAAGAGCUGGAGAGAGAGAGGAGGGAGACACACAGCAGAGAGGAAGCACUGAAAAGGGAAGUAGAGGAACUGAAGGAGGAACGGAGAAGGAGGGAAGAAGGAGACAAGGAGAGAAUGAAGCUCCAACUGGACCUGGAGCAAUCGGAGAAGGGCAGGAAGCACCUGGAGAAGGACAGCUGGAGAAUCAGAAGUUUGCUGGAGGAGAAAGAGACAGAACUGGAGGAGAAAAGCAGGCAAUUGGCUGCAGUGAAGAAGGAAGGCAUGGCUCUGAGUAAGGAAGUGGACAGGCUGAAAGAGGUCGCAGUCAAAGCCAAAGAGAUGGAGAGGGAGAACAAGGAGCUGCAGAAACAGGCGACUAUUGACAAGAGAACUCUGGCCACUCUCAGAGAGGAGUUGGUGUCAGAGAAGCUGAGUGUUCAGCAGAAAAAUAUUGAGUUAGAGAGACUUAGUGAAGAACUGGAGAAGAUUGGACUGAACAGAGAAAAACUACUGCAGCAAGCACACACGCUGGAGGACAGCAAGUACAGGUUGCUGGAGUCUCAGCUGGAGGAAACUGUUCAACAAACGAUGAAGAUGAAGGAAGAGAAAAUCUCUACUCUGGAAAAUAGACUAGAGGAGAGCAACAGACUCAACACUAUGCUGCGUGCUGAGCUAGCCACGGUUCGUCAGAGAGGGUCUGCCCUGCGUGAGCAACAGGAGAAGGAAGAAAACCCCAAUUCCCAACGGCGCUCAGACCGCGAGCAGGGUUAUGGGUCAGCCACUGCUGAGCUGCUACGAAUCAAAGAUCAUCUUAUUGAUGUAGAAAAAAAUAAUGCCUCUCUGCAGACAGAAAGCAGUCUAUUGAAGGAGCAGCUCAAACAGCUGGAGAAGCAGAACACUUCCCUUAACAACCAGAUGGUGGUGCUGCAGCGACACACCACCAACCUGCAGGAACAGAAUUCAGCUUUACAUACACAGACAGCAAAAAUACAAGUGGAGAACUCCACACUCUCCUCUCAGAGUGCGUCUCUCAUGGCACAGAAUGCUGUGCUGCAGGGCCAAGUCACCGCUUUGGAGGCGGAGGUAGAGACAUGGCAGCGACAGCGUGAGGAAGCAUGGCGAGGUCGAGAAAGUGUGCUCAGCGACCACGAACGCCUGCUGAGCGUUCAUGAGAGGCAAGCCCAGGAGUAUGAGCAGCUGAUCAGUCAGCAUGCUGCCCUGAAAGGCAAACAGAGAGCGCUAGAGAGUGAACACAGGACACUUCAAAGCAAGUAUUGUAUUUUGAUGCAGCAGAAAGAGAAAUGGGAGGAGCAGGAGGGGCGUGGUCAGAAAGAGAAGGAUGACCUAAACCAGGAGAUCCAAAAGAAUCGGCUGCUACAGCAAGAGAAUCUACAGCUAAAAACAGAAGUGGACAGCCUGACACAGAUCCAGUCACAACAGUCAGAGAAAAGUGAGGGGUUCCAACAGCGCAUGAAUGAGCUCAAAAGCUCAUUAAGCUCUGCUCAGCUGGAAGCGAGUCGAUGGAUGGCACGAUACGAUUCACUAGUGGAGCAACACCAAGGCCUGGAUCUAACCAUGACCAAACUCGAUAACCACUGUGAGCUGUUGAGUCGACUGAAAGGGAACCUGGAAGAGGAGAACCACCACCUCUUGAGUCAGAUCGACCUCUUGAGUAAGCAGAACCAUACACUGCUAGAGAGGAGCAUGGAGAGCAAAGAACUCUAUCAUCAGGAACAGAAACUCUACAUUGAUAAACUGAAUGCUCUCCGUCGGCAAAAAGAGAAACUAGAGGAGAAGAUCAUGGACCAAUACAAGUUCUAUGACCCCACACCCAAAAAGAGGAGUCAGUGGUCUGGAGCAAAAGCUUUAGCCAAACUGAUUAAACCUCGAAAAGAGAGCAGCAGGGAGAGAGGAGGCGACCGAGACAAGGAAGGGGGCAGAGAGAGAGAACGGACAAAGAGUGCCCCUGACAUUCCCCUACCUGCCCCACCCCCACUCAUCCCCCCUGAGAACCCACCCCCUCUUCCCCAACGGACAGGAAGUGACUCGCAUGACAGCGGCCAUGCCCACAGUAACCAAAGCAACCACACUACCAGCCCCGGCCUGGGACCACAGAGUCCAGGACUGACACCUGUCAGCCAAGCUCCUCCUGUCCCAAAACGCUUCAGUUUUUUCCGCAGCAAAAGUCAAGACAAGCUCCUCUCCUCCUCCUCAUCAUCCUCCUCCCCCCCCUCCCGGCCCUCCCUCUCUCUCACCAGACGACUACGAUUUUGGUCUUCCACUGACAUGACACCAGACGUCAUCACUAGCCAGUCAAUCUCGGCCAACGGAGUAUCAAGUGCAUGUUGCCGUUCACCAGCCAGUAUUACUAGCUUGACCAACAGGGGCCGGGGAGUUCAUUGUAGCAAUGAGACUGUUAAUGGAGAAGCUGGAUAUGGACAAGGUCAGAGCCAUAAAACUCUAAGCUCUACUCCAAGCCAUCAGUCAUCCCCACUGGGCCUAACUAACAACUCUGGCUCCAGACAGGGCCAAGGCCCUAGCCACAGGCCCAGAGACCCAUCGGAUCAUCAGACUCGCUCAGCUAGCCUCUCUAGUGAUGAUGUCAUGGGUCUCAGCCAAUCUCAGCAGACGUUGUCGCGUAGUUCCACCCUUCCAUACGACCAUACACCCCAGAGGGCCCAGCCACAGCGUGGAGGCGGGGUUAGGACUAAGACUCGUCCCUCUUCGCCUGGAAGUGAGAUGGUCACACUGGAGGAGUUUCUACAAGAGAGCAACUUAAAGUCACCUCCUAUGGUGUCUAUAGGAAGCAGGGAGGACUUGAUGACUGACUACUUCACACGGAGUCCCGCCCCCUUGGUUCCCAUUGGCAGAGAUCAGGUGACUCCCACCAGCUAUGUCACCCCCACUGUACAACCAUUCAACCAGAGGCCAGGCCAGAGCGUGAAGCCUUCGCCCCGCCAGCCUGUUGGCCAGUCCCCAACCUCAGGCCAGCCUGCCAGCCAGAGAACCAGCCAAUCACUGAACAGAGCCUUUAGCCUGGCCUCAGCUGAUUUGCUGCACUCUACUGGACCAGACAGUUUCCGUGGAAAUGAGGGAUCUCCUGGCCAAUCAGAUGUGGUGGUUUGGCGGAAAGGGGGAGGAGCUAAUGGGAGAGAACGGCCCCUCUCAGCUCGUCUGGCUGGUCCAACCAAUCAGUAUGGUGAUGGCAGCAUCAUUAACCCACCCAUUCACCAGUCAUCCUCUCUCAAUCUGCAAACAGAGAGAGAGAGAGGGAGGACUCCUGUCUCUCGGAACGGCCCUUCCUCCUCCUCCUGCCUUCACUGUGGAGAGGUUGCUCCGGUAACCCCUGUCAGGGCUGUGCACGCCACAUGGCCCGAUGAAGCCUCUGAGCAUGGGGACGUGUUAAAGGAGGAGCGACUAGGUGACCCCUCCCACUUAAAGAAAGAAAGUGAGAUAGCGAGGAGUGGCUCUGUCGAACGCCCAAAAAGCACACCAGCUUCCCCUGACCCCAACAGUGACCCCCAGACUGUGUGGUAUGAGUAUGGUUGUGUCUAAACACUGCAGGUGACUCAUGUCUGUGGGUGUGACUGUGUCUAAAGACAGGAACCAAAUACUCUAACCUACAGUCUGCUGGGGCUGCAUGCUGGAGCUCUGUGGGUCUUUGAACUAAGCUGAUUGUAUUGUGGAUAAAUGUUGAAACUUAAAACUCUUGGGAAGCUGUAUGUUUACGCUUUGUUCCAGUAUGAACCACUGAAAGUUUGUUAGUAGGGCUUUGUCUAAAUCCUGGAAAGAAAAGCCACAUUUAAAACGUUCCUGCACAGAGGAGUUAUGUUUUAUCAUUUGGAGGUAGCUUUCCUAGAUGAAAAACUAGACCUGAUUCCAUAUACUGUACAUCCUGCCAAUACAGCUGAUUAAAACAGUUAAUGAGGAAGCUUUCCAGAGCUAAGUAUCUUCUCUGAUUAAUGGGUCUGUGGAGUCAGUUUUCACUCCCCACAUCUCAUCAAAAGCUGAAUCUCACAGAGCAGGAUGCAAUAUAGGUUUGACCUCAAUCACUGGUGGGCUUUCAAGGAUUUAGACUUGAACAAGACAACACUAAAGAAUGUCUGUUUAACUGUGUUGCUCUUACUGUCUGUUUGAAACAUGAAUUGCAGAUGUUUUGAUCAGAUGAUGAUUCAGAAGUUCUGAUUUUAACACAUACAGAAAUAGUGAUGGAAGCUGCAAGACUCCGAAUCCAUAACUUUUAAAGCCUGCUGGAAGAGACAUGUGCUACACUAAGAACUGGCUUUAUCUAAGAGCUAGAACUCUUUAACUGCUGACUGACACACUGUCUGGUCCUGCAAAUGUUUACCUGGAUGUCACCAAUGCUGCACACCUGGAAGUCAGGAAUUACCCCUCAUCUCGAUCAAACACUGGAAAAGACCAGAGAGCAAGGGAAUGGAGGGACUCGAGCAAAGAGAGAGAGUGAGUAAGAAUAAAUGGAGGGAAGGAGGGAUGGUGGCCAGAGUGAGACAGAAGAAGUGACAGAUAUAGAGAUGGAUGGAGUGAUGAGAGGAUGGAUAGAUAAACAGGCCAGAGAUGGAGGGGCUCCUCCCAGUUAAAUUACAGUCUUCUUCCUCCAUCUUUGGAUUUUGUCCCAGCAUUCAACACUCUGACACUUUACUGGAAAUGUUGCUCAACCCGAGCCAACACUAGUUUCAAACACACACACACACACACACAAUGAUAUAUACAGAGUACCGACAGAGAAGCAUUGUCCUUGAGGGUUGGUUGUGGCCUCUCUAACCAUUGAGCUGGACUUGAUGUGCACACACACACACACACACACACACACACUGACACUGCUGGGUAAGCCACUGUUUUUAGUAGGGUGUACUGCUGCAUGCUAAGUUAGCCAGACAACAGAGUGAGAGAGAUUCAGCCUGCAUCCAGGGCCACUGUGGUCUGGAUGCUUAGUGAAUUAACAUUGGCAAAUUAGAGUUUGGUUUAGUAUUUAUGAUGGGUGAAUACACCAAGUGUUUGGCAGGUUGUUCUGUCAUUCUGUCAGGAAACAGACCCACAGAGUAAUGAAAACAAAAUCAUCCAAGUGUCUGGUGAAAAGCUGACUUUGGUGCACAUUAAAUCUUUAACACACACGAUGGUAUGUGGGCCAACAUGGCUACAUAUAAACCUUUACUCAUGUCACAGGAAGAGGCAGUAUGGAUAAAUUCUUCUACAACAGUUUGUCAUUUUAAAAUUGAUUACAGCUGAAACAGCUGGUUAAUCAAUUUGUUAGUUGGCAGAAAAUUAGCCUGUAACUAUUACAAAAUUACAUGAUACAUUUUUUAGUCAUUUUCAAGCAAACAUUUCAAACAUUCUCUGCUUCCAGCUUCUGAACUGGGAAUUUGCUUUUGUCUUUAAUUUGUGUUAGCUCACAUACACUCACACACACACACACACACACACACACGACUCAUCAGAUCAGGUGCUACUAUCCAUCAGCACAAGUGAUCAGCCGAGUGACGAGCUGUACGCCGUUUCAUUGAGGUGUUGCUAUGGGUCCAAGUUUAUGUCCUGCCUAUUGUUUACAGCAAACACGGAAACGGGCCAGUUAUAAAACUGAGGAUUGUAAAGUGAAGCAUUAAAAUGGUCACUAGGAGCUGGACAGGCGAAGUGAGCAGCAGAUCAGAUGGAACUUUCAGGAUUCCCCAAAAUUUACAAUAUUGGCAUUAAUAUGUUCUAAAUGUAGCUGAAAAUGAAAUCAGGCGGCAUCUUCUUAAAUGGAUCUAAUCACUUUCAUCUCAUAAUUACGAGACCUGGAUCUUAGAAUAUUACUAUGAACAGUGCUUUCCACUGAUUUAGUAUAACCAGAAAUUUAAAAAGGAUAGAUACCUCAGUGUAAACACUGAUUUAUACUGUCUUACAGCACAUAGUCAUACUGGCCAAAAAGUACACGGCGGUGUAUUUAUAGAUGUACAUAUUAUUUAUUUCAGACACCUCCGAUCUGACCGCCCACCUCCUUCACAUCCACCAUGCUUCCACUCAGGGCAGCAGAUGUCUGACUCCCACAGUUGAGAAUAACAGAAGUGGUUUGGUCUUCAACACUUACACAUUUAACUAAACUAGGCUAAAAGUCACAUCCUCACAAAAAAAAAAAAGACCACAGUAGUAAGAUGUGUGUCUGGUGCUCAAACAUGACAGAACGAUACCUUCAUCAGAGCCAGGGGUCUGUUGGAGGCGUGAUUCAUUUUGGUACCAGUGUUGUCGCCACUGGACUGUUGGGGAAUUUACAAAUGCUUGGUGUAUUUUUUUCUGAAUUUAUCAUAGAGAAGAGGAAGGAGGAUAAAGAAGAGGCGUAGGAAAGGAACUAAAGUUUCCCUUUGAGAUAAAAGAUGAUGAUAAUGGGGCACGGGGCAUUUAAAGCCAGUGACACUGAUUGACCGACCAUUUGUUUGUACUUUCCUGCAUUAGAAAAGACAGUGACAACAGACAUUCCUAAAAGCACUAGAAUGAAGAGGAGGAGGUGUGAGAUGUAACACUGGAGCUGUGAAAAUGAACAUUUGACUGGAAUCCAUCACUAACGAACAAAAAGCACAUGUCAGUAUGCAACAAGCUAAAUUAUUUUACCUGUAAUGUUUGUACAUGAUGUUAGAGUCUAUAAACUGGCCAGAUAUUACAAAACCUGGGAUACCUGUUGCAAAAUCUUUAGAAAUGUACAAAAAAAAAAGAAAUCUAGAUGAAUUCCACUGUAAAACCCUCAUAUUUGUAAAUUAUUUGUUUGAAAAACCUUUAGAUAUUCUAGUAGCGAGAUCAUGUUAGCAGAGGACGUGACACAAUGUGAAACACUGUAGGUUGAUGCUGUCAGUAGUUUACCUGUCUGUUUACUGUGUUUGAGUUGGUGUGUGUGUGUGUGUGUGUGUUGUCUUACCACAUCUCUGCAUCAUUACAUCCCAACACCCUUCAGGACCUGUGUGUGCAUGUGCACAUCAGUGUCGGCCGGUUUCAGUGUUCUGAUGUCCAAAUGAUAAAGGAAAAUGCCGAGAAGCAAAUGUUCUUUUAUUGAAACACCACCACUACACACACACUUUUGUAUGUGUCUUACAUUAUUGUGCUGUUGUUGGCUUUCUGGAAGGUGUGUGUGUCCGUGUGUUUGCAUCCUGUCUGUUGUUUCUCUGCGUGUCUAUCAUCUGCUUUGCUGCUCGGCUGUAAUGGCUAUUUCUGAUCUCUGUUUCUGGCUUUCCCUGUCUCACCACCACUGUGCAACCUUUACUGAAAGAAAGUGCUGCACCACAUGGGAGAAGUGAGAGCAGAAGAUGAGGUUGAGCUGACAUCACUGGCGUUUCCUGCUGUAACUGGAACAACCGCUGCUGUAGUUCACUUUAUGACUAUUGCUAUGCUGACUACUGUUAAGAGUUUGAUUCAGUGGAACACACAUCCAAAACCUUUUGGUAAUAAAGAUUUAUAAAACUGAA